AUGGAGCGGUUGAUAAAGUUCUCUGACGGUACCUUUUCGACUCUCGAACUUGCGCCUCUCCUGUACGUUCCGGCCGAGCAAACCGCGUCGGCGACGCGCACGCUCAAGGACGGCAAGAAGACCAAGAAUAAGAACGCGUUUGAUCGCGCCGAGGUCUGGCUCGAUGAUUACAUGGACAGGAGGAGUCAGGCGGAGUGGAUCGAGCAGAAUCCCGCCCUGCCGAUGGCUCAACAGAUACCGAAGCCGGAGUUUCGGUCCAAGUUUGCGGAUCCGAGCCACAUUGCCGCCAACGGGGAUAUUGUGUCUCUCAUCACGGGAGGCAAGUUCCAGUCCGGGUCGGAGAAGGAGGCUCGGAGGCGGGCCGCGAAGGAGCAGGCCAGGCUGGAAAACGGGAGCGCCGAUGUUCUAUAUCUCAUGAUUGUCAACCUUCCGAAAAAGGAUUCGCUUGAUCCUUCCCCGGGACUCAGAGCCUCGCAAGCCAUAUCCCACAUCCAGGACCUUCUCAUGGCGGUCGUAUUUCACUCGGCCGCUAUGCUAGUUAAUCCUAAGGCCUUCUUCAGAGGAUAA